GAAGGCGGGAGGCGCGCGCCCGAGGGGGCACCCCGCGUAGCCCCUGAGGGAACCCGGCGGGGUGGCGGGGGGAGCGCCGCUGGCGGAGGUACGACCUUACCGCCCCUCGAACCCUCCCGGCUGCCCAGGAGCCCCUCGCCCUGCCUGGGGAGAUCUGUCCCGCGGGCCUGGGGACAGCCCCCCCCUGCCCGCCCCCAGGCCUCGCUGCCGCGUGGGCUGAGGGCACAGGGAGCAGCGCCUUCCCCUUCUCUUGGUGACGGCCUUUCACCCGCCCGCCACCCUGUUUUCCUUCAGACCCAGACACCACUUUGGGGCAAUCAACAAUAUAAGAUGAAUGACACCAGGCACCAGUCUCUGUUCUUUGUCAGUCUGCCAGAACUACAAAAACUCUGCGCCACUACAGUAACACUGAGUUCUCAGAUACCGGAAACUGAGACAAGGAGUACACAGAUAAAGAUUUGCAGGCAGUUAUUAUUCCUGCAUGAAGACAUCCUUUCUGCACCUGUUAUUGGAACACUAAAUCAAAUUUCAGUUGUAAUGGCGAUACCAUUUUACAAAUCGGGAAUAUGUCAAGCCUACAUAGAGAAACAAGGAGCUAUCCUGGAAGCACCACAAACAGUAACCCCAGCCAUUCUCCAAACCUGUCUCUCCUACACACUUACAGCCAGACUUGCACCCAGAUGGAACAAGGCUGGUCAUCUCUUGGUGCAAGGAAAAGAUUUUUUGUCUCAUUCAGGAAGGCAAAAUGCUGUUGUUAUAGACUUCUAUGUAUCAGAGAGGCAGCUUUGUAUCAGUGUGGAGGCUUGCUCAAUUCGGUUGCCACCCCCUGAGAUGGGAGAUUUUGGUAUUUCAGCAAAUACCUUAAAGCUGUUUGACAGCAAUGAAAAUACAGUUAUUCACCAACAUUCCAUAUUAAGUAACUGGUGCUAUGUUUUGCCAAGCAUGAAAAUGGGUCAGAUCAUAAACAUCAGCCACAUAAUUCCUCCAGAAUCUCCUUUCCGUUCAUAUGAAGAAUUUCAGUUGCACUGGAAGAAUCUGUAUGGAUAUAUUCUUCCAGAGGAUCUUGAAGAGACAAAAAUAUACUUCAGUGUUUACUUCAAGCCAAUAGGGGAGAGGUUCUUUACGUACCCUUUAAGCUGCAUUCGAAGUCAGCCAGUGCAGUAUUUCCCUAGAACAGAUUCAGAAAGUGUGUUGAAGUCUUUUCUUUCUGACAUGAAGCAUAAUCUUUCACAUCUAUGUGGAUUUCCAGUGAAGAUGACAAGUAAAGCUCUUUAUGCUACACAGGAACUCUCCAGGGCUCCGGAAAUAAAAUCCAAGCAUAUGAAACUAGCUGGUGAGAUGGUUUGUGUAGUAUCUCUAACGCAGGCUCCCCCAAGGAAACAGACCUUGCCUAGAAUUUCUUCACCAUGCAGUAUGAAAAACGGCCACUGGAUGGAGCAUUUGGUCAAAGAGCCAGAAGCACGCACUUUUUCGAGUAGCUGUAAGGAUACAGAAAAGGCUAGCAUUCAAGCAACGGAAAAAUCGAUGAAUAAUAGGCAAAUACCAGGACUACCAGCGUUACCAGUUAUGACUUCUUUAGGAAUGCCUGUAAGUUCAGCCUUUGAGCUCCCCCCUGCAAAAGUCAGCAAAAUUAUACCAAUUUUCAAAGGAAAGUUGAUGCAAAUGAAUGGAAAGAUCACAAAUCAAAUGGAUGGGAAGAAAAGAGAACAUGCUGGAAGACAUUCACCGAGAAAAAUUAUGGGUGUUUCAUCUUCUAUGCUGACUGUGUGCAAGGCCAGCAUAAGUCAGGUUUACAAACCUGUUCAAAAUACGUCAGUCGAAAAUUCUCCUCAUAGCAGUGUACUUCAGGUAAUGAAUGUGAAAACAUACACAGAACAUGGUGUACCAGUAUUUCGAUGGAAAAGAGAGUCUGGUGGACAAAUGGCUCCUUCUGAUUUUUCUGAUAACUCAGCUUCAGGUGGGAAUUCAAGUGAAGUCAAUCACAGAAAGGCAAAUUCUCCUUCCUUUAAGAGUGUUGGAUCAGUGCUUCAGAAAUCAAGCAUUGAUCUGAGUCUGAAUACAUGUCCAUCUCCUACUUUCAGUGCAAGAAGAGGAAAAAAGUUUGCAAGUCAAAAUCCCAAGCAAAUGCUUGAGAAACAACACCAGUCAAAAAAAGUACCUUUGCAGAUUUGUAAAUUAGACAAUGAAAUGACAAAUUUCGGUUUAUCACAGCAACAAACAAAGAGAUCAAAUGAAGGAACAGGGUUAAAUAUUCAUGAAUCUGUCUUAAGUGAUACAAUAUGCAUCACCAAAAAUGAAGAAAACAAAGCAGCAUGCCAUUCUAAGGACUCUAUUGCUAAGACAGCCAGUUGUCGUUCCAAAUCUAACUUUGAACAGAUGAUUACAGGGAACGAAUAUCUGACAUGUGAAACACUGACCUCAAAACCAGCUUUCUCAAGCAAGGAGAGCAACAUGGAAGCAUCUGUAAAGAUAGGCUGUGCCAGAAGAAGACAGAAAGAAGAAGGUUACUUAAAGUUAAAGAAAGCCAAAAGAAGUAAGCCUUCUGUUUAGGAUGUUCUGGAGUACUGAAAGCUCUGGGUUCCCAAGAGGGCGUUAACUUACUUGAGGACCUCUGAGCUUUGUGAAUUUUACUUUGUUUAUUUCACAUCAUUGGUACCUGUUCCUGGGUGAAAAACUGAGGGUUACAUACAGUCAAGGGAAUCCAUGUAUCAAGAACUUCUCCAGACAGUUCAGGUUAAUAAACCUCUAAUUAAUUUGAAAAUUUAGCUACUUUCUUAGUGUUUGAAUCACACUCUGUCUGUCCUAGUACUUGCUUACACACUUAAUCAUUUUUCCAAGUUAUUUUGAAGUUUCAAGUCUGUCUUUUUAUGAUAUAUUUCAUUCUUUGCUACAAUGUGUGGGCCUCUUUGUUUCAUCAGUAAAACAUUCCUAAAUAACUUUUCCUUGUCAAGUCAAAUGGUUAGAAAAUAAAAGGUACAUUUUUUCCUAGAGGAAUAAUAUGAAGGCUGGAUUUGAUUCAAGCUUCUUUAAUUCUUGUUAGAAUUUUUAAUGAAUUGCCAUUUUCAGAAAUUAAACUGCUCUGUAAAAGAUUUUUUUUUUAAAGUCUAAUUGAUAAUGCCAUUCUUCAGCAGUUCAUGCAGAAUGUGUGUAGUUUCCCUUUGAGUAACUUUAUCAGCAUAAAUAUAUCUUCAAUGACCUGCCUGAAGGUAUAGUUGCAAAUAUAUAUGCAUACAUGAUUGUUGCCCCAUAAUUGCUGUUUAUAAUGUUAAUACUUUUUUUCCUAAAGGAAUUGGUACAAUGGAACUUUACAUGCUUUGUGAAAACCUUUUCAGGUUUAUAUUGCUAUAUCUGUAUUUUUAUUUACCUCAUUUUUCAAAGGAGGAUUUUGCCCUACUACAAUGAUAUCUUUUGUUCUGUUUUCUUCUCAAAUGGUGACUGUUAACAUAGCUCUAAUUUAAUGGUGCCAGUGCUUAAAAGGAAGUGGCACUUCAACAACAUGUAAUUUUCUCAUACGUAAUACACAAAGUACAAAACACAAAUUACAAAAAUCAGAGCAGUAUAAUCAGAAAGAGAUCAAAUUAUAUUUACAUUUUGUCUAGAAAUUGGUAUACAAAGCUGCUUUUCAAAUGCUGUGGAUUAGUUAUUCUUUCAUAGGUUUGACUAUAUGUAAUUGAUCUUUUUCUUGUCUUACAAUGUGAAAAAGCCUGUGGAGCAGUUGCAUUUCUACUGUGCUAUAUAAAUUAGUGCUUCGUCUGAUCUAUUUCCUAUUGUUGCUUUUUAAAUGUUGCCGGUUGCCAACUUUUUCCUUGUAUUAUAA